AUGUCAGCCAUAUCGCAUGACAAGCUUGAGAAAAUCGCUCAAUACUGGGUAUCAAUUGACCCCAAUGAAGAAACAAGAAGAGAAAUACUGAAUCUCCUCAAAGACAAACAAUAUGACAAACUACAACGCAAACUAUAUCCUCGUAUAGCAUUUGGAACUGCUGGAUUGAGAUCAUCUAUGGAAUCUGGCUUUGCCCAUAUGAAUGAUGUGACUAUUUUGCAAGCGUCUCAGGGGCUUGUUGAGUACCUUUUGGGUAAAUUCACCAAUCCGUCAAUCGUCAUUGGAUACGACCAUAGGUUUCACUCACAACGAUUUGCUGAGAUUUUAGCCAGUGUUGCAUUAAUCAAGGGCUUCACGGUUUAUUACCUUGGAUCCACGGCAAACUUGUCACAGGAGUCUUUGAAGUUGUACCAGGGUAAUGAUUUUCAAAAUGACAAUGAUGCCAGUAGAGAAUUUGUCCAUACGCCAUUAGUUCCAUUUGCAAUUGACCAUUUGAACGCAUCUGGUGGUGUCAUGAUUACUGCAUCGCAUAAUCCAGCCAAUGAUAAUGGAUACAAAGUCUACUAUGCCAAUGGUUGUCAGAUUAUCCCGCCUCAGGAUGGUGAUAUUGCACAAUCUAUUGAAGAUAACUUACAGCCAUGGAGUGAUAGGGUUUGGCAUAUCGUUGAAAAUUUUGCCAGUGGAUUGGAAAACAACAAGUUGAAAUGUAUCAAGCAUGAAAUUGUGAAGCAGUAUGUUGCUGCCGUUAACGACAAACUAGUCAAGCAAACCCGGCUUGAUUUUGAUUUUGUUUAUACGCCAAUGCAUGGAGUGGGGUUGGAAAUAUUUGAGCAAUGUAUCAAACUAUUUGAUACAAAGCAUUAUAGUGUUGUUGCAAAACAGAGUGUGCCCGAUCCGUCCUUCCCAACAGUCAGUUUCCCCAACCCGGAAGAAAAAGGAGCGUUGGAUUUAGCAAUUGAACAAGCAGAGCAAACAGCUUCAAACUUGGUCAUUGCCAGUGACCCCGAUGCUGAUCGUUUCAGUAUUGCCGUUGCUGGUAAACAGAAAGGUAAGUUUAGGCAAUUGACUGGUAAUGAAAUUGGCUUUUUAUUUGCCAUGUAUGUGAUUGAAAAUCUAGAUAGGGCCAAAUUAUCUAAUACGUACUUGUUAAACUCUACUGUGUCGUCACAAGUGUUGAAAUCAAUGGCAGAGAAAGAUGGGUUCAAUUUCAUUGACACAUUGACGGGGUUCAAGUGGAUUGGGAAUAAGGCAAUAGACUUGGAAAAAGACGGCUAUUUUGUUCCAUUUGGAUAUGAAGAAGCAAUUGGGUUCAUGUUUGAUCUUGUUCAUGAUAAAGAUGGUAUAUCUGCUGCUAUUGUAUUCUUGCAAUUGUAUCAGCAAUGGUUCAGCAGUGGGGAAGUGAAUGUUUUAGACAAACUUGAACAAGGAUAUAAAAAGUACGGGUGGUUUAAAGAUUUAAAUGGAUACUAUCGAUUGAGUGAUGUUAGCGUGACUCCACAAAUAUUCAAAUCGAUAAGAGAUUCCUAUACCAGGCACGACUUUCCUCAAAGUAUCGGCAACUUUAAGGUCACCUCCUGGCGUGACUUGACUGUGGGAUUCGACUCAUCCAUGCAGGACCACAAACCAGUGUUACCCAUCGACCCACACUCGCAAAUGAUCACGGCAGUUCUUGAACCGCAUGAGAAACCUACCAAUGAUCAGGAUCUAUCAGUUCGAUUUACGUGUCGUGGAUCAGGAACGGAGCCUAAAUUGAAGAUUUACAUUGAAGGCAAGUCUAGUACUAGUGAAGCAGACGCGUUGAAGAUUGCUGACGAUUGCUGGGAAACAUUAAAGAAAGAAUGGUUUAGGCCGAAGGUGUAUGGAUUGGAGGAAGUGAAGCCUUAG